GCGCAGACGUUUUGACGUUUUUUGACAAGCUGGGUCGAAAGCUGACGUUUUCGUUUCAUUCCUUUCGUCGCAAACAUUUUCAACUCCUUCGACUCGCUGCCAGUUUUCCUGGUGAAAUUUCGUGAAAAUUUGCCGAAAAACUUGCACUAGAACACCAAAAUGAAACCGCUGAUGUUACAAGGGCACGAGCGUGCCAUAACGCAAAUCAAAUACAACCGGGAGGGAGAUCUCAUUUUCUCCACGGCCAAGGAUCACAAGCCCUCGGUAUGGUUCUCGCUGAACGGAGAACGCCUCGGAACGUUCAACGGCCAUCAGGGAGCCGUCUGGUGCGUGGAUGUGGACUGGACAACGACCCGAUUGAUCACCGGCAGUGGUGACAUGUCUACCAAAUUAUGGGACGUUGAAACGGGAAGCGUCCUCGGAACCAUUCCAUGCAACUCGGCUGCCCGUACGGUCAAUUUCAGCUACUCCGGCAACCAGGCGUCUUACUCAACGGACAAAGCUAUGGGUCAUAACUGCGAGUUGUUCAUCAUCGACGUUCGAAAUGUGGACUCCAGCAUUAGCAAUCAAAGCCCCGUUCUGAAGCUGACCAUGAAUCAACAGUCGAAGAUUACCUCCAUGCUGUGGGGAGCCCUGGACGAGACUGUCAUUACUGGCCACGAGAACGGCUCCAUCCGAAUUUGGGAUCUGCGUGCAGCCAAGGAACUUAACUCUGUCAACGAUCACACCCUCAAUAUCAACGACAUGCAGCUGUCUUCGGAUGGAACCAUGUUGGUUUCUGCCUCGAAGGACGCCACGGCCAAACUGUUCGAUUCGGAAUCGCUGAUGUGUCUGAAGACGUACAAAACGGAACGUCCGGUUAACUCGGCCGCCAUUAGCCCAAUCCACGAGCAUGUUGUGCUGGGAGGUGGUCAGGAAGCUAUGGAGGUCACAACGACUUCGACCAAAGCCGGUAAGUUCGAUUCUCGAUUCUUCCAUUUGGUGUACGAAGAAGAGUUCGCUCGGGUGAAGGGCCAUUUCGGUCCGAUCAACAGUUUGGCCUUCCAUCCGGAUGGCAAGAGCUACGCGACGGGUGGUGAAGACGGUUUUGUGCGUGUUCAAGUUUUCGAUGCUUCGUAUUACGAUUUUGUAUUUGAGUAAACGACACAAAAAGGGGAAGAUUCUAUUCUAAUUGUAUGUAAUUCCGUGUGAUUCGUGAAGCAGUGCGAAAAGACUUGAAAACGACAGAGAGUAAAGAGGACAACAGGAGAAAAAAGUGUGCGUGAGGAAGGGUCCUUAUCAACAGGAAGAACUGGAACUCUGUUUUAGGUAUCUACUAAAAAGGAACAAUGUUCCGGGACGAUUGUCAACUUCCGUGGAUGAAUAAAUUAAGAAAGUUGAUAACGUACAGAAAA